AUGGCGAUGGCCCAUGCGGCCAGCGAUGGCCCAAUGGAUCAAUUGUCCCUCGGGGACGAUUCCGUUCAUUUAGAAAAUUAUGGCAGUGACGGUAUCGAUUACAGUGAACAGUUUUUUUAUGAAAACGGGUUUGAAAGUGAUACCGAAGCAAUAAAUUGGGCAAAGGGAAUUGCUAUACAGAUUGGGUUUGAGCUGGUUAUUUCGUCUCACAAGAAAGGGGGGUUGGUAAAACUUUUGAGAUGUUGUCGGGGUGAGAGAUAUAGAGGGUUGCACACAGAUUUAGAUUCUUUUGCACGAAAGAAUACGAAGACGAAGGCCUGCCAAUGCCCUUUCAGGAUUGUGGUGAAAUUUAUUAAUGGCACAUGGACUGUUCUUGCGAAGUCUGGGAUUUCAAGUAUGCACAAUCAUGCGUUAGCUGUGUAUCCUGAGGGACACCGUCAGAUGAGCGGACUGAGCGCUGCGGCCAAAAUGAUUGUGCGGGAUAUGAGUGCGGCACAAGCUAAGCCGUGUGCUAUUUUGGCGGCUGUUCAAGAAAAAUUUCCAUCUGACAACCCUACAAGAAGACAAGUUUAUAAUUACAGAGAUAAUUUGAGAAAGUCCAGCUUUGAGGAUAGAGAUAUGGUAGGUCAGUUUUUUCAUUUGGCUCUGACGCACAACUAUUUACACUGGACGCUUUCUGAGGAGAGCACAGGUGUGUUGACCCAUCUUUUCAUGUCGCAUCCUGACUCCGUGCGGUUAGUCCGAACUUACCCCUGGGUGAUCGGUAUGGACUCCACGUAUAAGACCAACAAAUACCACAUGCCUUUCUUUGAGAUUAUCGGUAUGACCCCUUCUAACAAGAACUUCUUAAUUGCAUAUGCAAUUAUGAAGGAUGAGACUGAGGGGAGUUACAGAUGGGUGUUGGAAAGGUUGAGGUUUUUGAUUGGCGACCACCUACAGCCGACUUGUAUUUUUACUGAUCGAGAGUUGGGGCUGCUUAAACCAGUGAAAGAGAUAUUUCCACAUACCCCUCAUCUGCUUUGUACGUGGCACAUAAAUAAGGAUGUAGAAGACAAAGUGUUCAAACUGUGUGGGAGAGACACCGCAAUAACUGAUACUUUCAUGAAUGGGUCGUGGAAGAAACUUAUUAAGGCUCAAACAGAGGAACAAUACGUAGCAGCUUUGACCACUGUGAAAAUGCGGACUAGAGCGUUUCCAGCUGUGAUGCAAUAUCUUGACCGUACUUGGUUGGGGCACAAAGAGAAGUUUGUAUCAUGUUGGACAAACAAAGUCUUACAUUUUGGAAACACCACUACGUGUAGAGUGGAGAGUGCACAUGCUCAGCUAAAGCAGUGGCUCAACUCUAGUACCGGUGCUCUAGACACAGUUUGGACGAAGGUGGACUGCGUUAUACAGUCCCAGUUGACUGAUAUUAGGAAAACACUCGAGGGCUCCAGACAGACUAUAGGCGUCCAUCGACGAGGUUAUCCAUACGACCAUGUCUCCUACAAAGUCUCCCACUACUGUCUUGAUUUAGUGGCGAAGGAACUAAGGCGUAUGAGAGAGUUGAGUUGUGAUGUUCUAGUUCGUUGUGGUUGUGUGCUGAGAACAACACAUCAGAUUCCGUGUGCAUGUGAGCUGAAAGCGGUGAUUGAUGCAGGUGUUCUGAUUAGUCUGGACAGUAUCCAUUCAUUUUGGAAGACGCUUGUUAUCGGUGACGGGGUUGAAACAUCAGAACAAGCCGAUUAUGCCGCUUUUCAGUCAGAGGAUCAUCGGUACUUUUGCGGGGUUGUGGAGGAGGUGAUGUCUCAAGAUCCCUCUAUUGUGCGCGACAUAUCUCAUAUUAUAAACGAGCGACUUCAUCCCGAAGAAUCUGCUUAUCUUGAACCAGAAGUAAAGAGCACGGUGAGAGGUAGACCGAAGGGGAGCACAUCCACCAAGCGGAACCCGAGUGUUUGGGAGUACAGUCAUGGUCGUGGCCGUGCCAAGUCAUCACAAGUUCAUCACAAGGUCGGGGCUACAGUGCUCCUACAUCAGGUAAAUAUAUUUUUUAUAAUAAUAAUGCAGCGAAAUUUUAUCCCGAAUUCAGAGCUUAUUCCUGGAAUCAUAUUGCCAUUUGUCACGAAAUAUGUGGACGUGGAUGGCGACGGGAACUGUGGGUUUCGCGUUGUCGCAGAUUACAUAUACGGUGAUCAAAACAAGUGGGGUUUCAUAAGAAGAAGCAUUGCAAAUGAACUAACCGGCAACCCUGGCCUAUAUGACGGUCUUUGCAGUGAUGGGAUCCAAGCGGCCAUUUCACGUAUUAGGUGGGAAGGGGAGGCAUGUGGGCGCGAUCACUGGAUGCAGGUUAUAGAUGACUUGUUCCCCAUUGCCACUCUCUUCAAUGUAGCUGUCAUUUUCAUAAAUGGCGCGACGAACUCACAGCCGGGUUUUGAUUUAUGUGAUAAUUUUCCAGUCCCUCCUAUUGCCUCCUUGUGGUUCACAAACAGGGAUGCUACCGUUGAGUAUUUGGAGGGAUUGUACGUUCUCAGGAGAGCGCAAUGGCAGAGAUUGUUAGAUGCUUCUGAAGUCCCUGAAAAUGGGUGA